AUGUCUAGUCGACUGUUGAAGAAAUUUCUAAAGGAGAAGACCCGUGAUGAGAUAAAAACACUUGGAGAGUUGGUGGAGGAGGAGGAGGCGGUGACGGUUAGGCCAAAGAAGAAGAGCGUCUUUGCGUAUCUGGACGACUCGGAGGGGAGUGACGGUAGCACGCCUAGUCAACCUGAUGGGGAGGCCGAAAAGGGGAAAGGAAAAGUAGCGCAAAGUGGCGCAAAAGAAAAGCAAUCACAAAAUGGCCCAAAAGAAAAGCAAUCACAAAAUGGCAUAAAAGAGAAGCAAUCGCCAAAUGGUGGUAAUGGAGCCCCACCCCCGCGUAGUUCGAAGAAGAAGAAAAAGAAAAAGAAAAACCUGGACGAAGAAAUCGACGACAUACUACACACAAUAAAUGCGGAAACGAAGCAAAAAACGGAGGGACACCCAAAUGGGAAAGACUCCGAUGAGGAGGCACAGGAGGGAGGGGAUGAUCCAUCCCAAAUGAACCUCCCCGAAUUGUCAGCAUGCACACACGAAAAAUAUGACUACUGCUUGAAGCUAGAAAAAGGAAACUUCGACGUGAAUAUAGAAUUGAAAAGAAUCUUUGGAAAGGAUUUUGUAAAGGAAAAAAAAUUCAUCCAAAAGAGUAAAAUAAAAUAUAUAAAAAAUUGGCUGAUACAAGAUUACAGCACGAAGAUUGUCCAUCCACCAAUGUCCAUGAAAAAAUAUGGGAAUGAGUUCAAACUGGAAAAGUACAAACUUUACCUCGAAGCAGAGAACCUCUUCUAUGUUCUGCUAGAUACGCACGACAUAGAAGCAAUGCACAAUUUGCUAAAAAAGUUCCCUUUCCAUGUGGACACGUUAUUAGUCCUCUCAGAAUAUUAUAACGAGUCCAACAAUUUUGAGGUGGCCAAUAAAUUCACUAAAUUGUCUCUUCUCCUUUUACAACACGUCUUUCAUAUAGACUUCCAUCCGAAUAACCUGAACAAGCAAAGACAAAUUUUUGUGAACCCUUACCUGUAUGACAACAAAGCGUUGUUUAAAGCGCUUUAUAUGCACAUGAUGUCUUUAGAAAAUGAAGCCUGUACGAUUACCGCCCUUGAAGUUGCAAAACUGUUGUGUAAAAUUGACCUCCAAUUUGAUCUGUGCAGUAUCCUCCUUCGAAUCGACAGCUUAAUUUUAAAAUGCAACCUCUUUGAUUUCCUCAUUUAUUUCUCCUUCAAUUUUGUCAUACAAAAUGUGCAGUGCGUCGUUCCUCCUGCGAGGCUCAGCCAGAUCAUAGCCACCUCCUUCCCCUCAGCACAGGACAACCCCUUCCAUGACGAGAUGAAGUUUCCAGAAAUUCAUCCCCCCAAGUGGGACCAAGACCUUUGGAAGAGGCAAUCGGCUCAAUAUUAUAUUGACCAGGAGGGGAACGUACACACCGGUAUAGCACCGGAACCAGGGGCAACAACGACAGCAGCAGUACAAGCAGCACCUGCAGAGGGGGCCGAACCGUCAGGUCAUGCCAACCAACUGAUCAAUAGAUACACUGAGGAAGAAUGUGCAUCUCCCACUACGGAGCAACGAACAGACGAAUUGAAAAAAAUGAAUAACGAAAAAAGGGAACCCCCAAAUGAUACAUAUUCGAAUGAUGAACCCCUUUAUCGGUUGAAGAGCGAAGACGGAUCAGAGUUGUCCGUGGGACCUGAGCAGCACUCCGUCGGUCAGCCGGAUGAGAAGGAUGAACAAGACAAGGAUGACCCCCAGGAAGGGGCCUGCAAAGGCGACGAACGCAUCGAAGACGAACGGGUCGAAAAUACCCUGCAGAGCAAACUCCUCUUCGACAAUUUCGAAAUAAGGUUGCACUUCAUCCUGCCCAACUUCGCCUUCUCCCUUCCGCUAAGCAUGUACCUGAAAAAUAACAACUUUGUUGACCACCAGGAGAUUCGCUUGAUCAGCGUGAACGACCUGGUGAGCGCCUUCACAUAUGAGGAAUGUCGAUUUCUAAGUCCCCACUGCGCCAUCCGUUUUGACUGCCACGGGGAUAGCAAAGCAGGUAGACAUGACCAAAGUGGUCAUGCUCAGCCUGAUCAGAGCCCCCACCAACCGAAGAAGGAACAACCCUCCCUGUCCUUUUCGGCACACGUAACCCUCCUAAGAGCACUCCUCUGCUUCCCCAACUUCCUCCAAACGUUUCUUAAUUACAACAAUUUUAAAACGACUAAAGUGGUGAAGAAGACCAUUUAUGAGACGUCCUUUCAGGAUAUCCUGGCCAGCCCUCCAUUUUCCUCCCCUAGUCUAUUUCGCCUAGGAGAGAAUGAAACGGUGCAGAAGAUAAUUUCCUGCUACUUAGAAAAGAACAACAUAUAUUACAAGUCGGAAAAAAUCAUCACGUGGUUCCACGUGUGCAGUGCGUUCCUGCAUGAUAUGUACAGGGAUCCCUCAGCCGCCCAAGCGCUGGAUAAAGCACGAGCACAGUGGCACAGCAAGAUCCCCCUCCUGGACAUAAACAAAUACAAGGACGUCCGGGUCGGAGAAUUCAAGUCAAGCAAUUACCUACUACCAGAUUUUAUGAUGGAAAAAAAUAGAACUUACUCUCCCCAUAUACCCACAACACCCUCCAAUUAUUACGUCUCCCUAAAUAGCAAUUUAAUCAUAGCCUUUUUCCAAAGUCUACUCCCCUGGUAUCAAGUGGAUUACUAUGGCACGCAUUCAAGGCCUGUCUACUUCUCCACGCUUAUACAAAACGUCGUGAACGAAACGAAGCGUCUCUUUAAUUUCCAGUAG